AACCGGCAGCACGGCAGCGGCAGGAGAGAGCUGGUUCAGCGUCAAGAUGAGAGCCGUGGUGGUGGUCUUCGCCCUGCUCUGCCUGACAGGCACCCAGUCGCGCUCCUUGUGGCAGCAGGAUGACCCUCAGGCGCCCCUGGACCGCAUCAAAGACUUGCUGGAGGUAUACCUGGAGACUGUGAAGGCCGGUGGCAAGGAUGCCAUUGCCCAGUUCGAGUCCUCUGCCGUGGGCAAACAGCUGGACCUGAAGCUGACUGACAACCUGGACACUCUGGGUGCGGCCGCUACCAAGCUGCGGGAGGACAUGGCCCCAUACUACAAGGAGGUGAGGGAGAUGUGGCUGAAGGACACAGAAGCUCUGCGCCAGGAGCUGAGCAAGGACCUGGAGGAGGUGAAGGAGAAGAUCCGUCCUUUCCUGGACCAGUUCUCCGACAAGUGGACGGAGGAGCUGGAGCAGUACCGCCAGCGCCUGGCCCCCGUGGCCCAGGAGCUGAAGGAGCUCACCAAGCAGAAGGUGCAGCUGAUGCAGGAGAAGCUGACCCCGGUGGCCGAGGAGGCUCGGGACCGCCUGCGCGGCCACGUAGAGGAGCUGCGCAAGAACCUGGCCCCCUACAGCGAUGAGCUGCGGCAGAAGCUGAGCCAGAAGCUGGAGGAGAUCCGCGAGAAGGGCAUCCCCCAGGCCGCCGAGUACCAGGCCAAGGUGGUGGAGCACCUGAGCAACCUGCGUGAGAAGGUGUCCCCCCUCCUGCAGGAGUUCAAGGAGCGCCUCACCCCCUAUGCCGACAACCUCAAGGCUCGCUUCAUCUCCCUGCUGGAGGAGCUCCAGAAGAGCGUGGCCUGAGCCGCCGCGGCUAGGGACUGACCCCGGCCCCACUCCUGCAGCUGCCCCGGGGCCGCUUCCUGCCCUGCCCGGGGUGCUUCCCCCCGGGGGGGCUCUGGGGACGGGCUGCAGAACAUCCUCCCUGAGGACCUCCCCUCCUCUCCCACUGCCUCCCCUCGCUGAAGUGGCGUCGCUCUCAGCUUUGCCUCUUUCCUUUUGUCAAAUAAA